AUGGCCAGGACGGAUCCCCCGGCCUUCACCGAAGCCGAUGUUCUGAAGGAGAAGGGACAGGAGCACAUUGAAGAAGUAGUGCUGGCACGCUUGACUGAAGAGGACCUAUGGAAGCUAUCUGAAGAGUCACUGACGGUUUGGUCAUGGACUGGAUUCCGUCUAGGUCUCAUUAUGUUUGUGCAUGGCUGCAAUCAAGCCGGCUUCGGCAUCGACUGGGGCGUGAUCAGCGGUAUCAAUUCCCUCCCUGCAUGGCACUCCUACUUUGGCUUCGGCACUAGUGGGGGUACAUACGGCUUGAUUAAUGCACUGAUGAGUAUUGGCACAGUCUGUGGUGCUCCGUUUAUGGCUCUCGCUGAUGUUAUCGGGCGUCGUGGAAUCAAUUUCUUGGGAAAUGCAAUUGUCAUUUUCGCCGCUGUGCUCCAAGGCUGUGCACCAAACCUCCCUGCCUUUAUGGCUGGUAGAUUUUUCAUGGGCUUCGGUACUGCCCUUAUGUCCAGCUCCCAGUACAUUGGCGAAAUCUCCCCUAUUCACCUUCGUGGCCGUAUGGUUGGCUUCUUCGGUGCCUGCUUCCAGGUCGGAAGUCUUGCGAUGUUGGGCGCCAUGAUUGGUCUCUCGAACCUCCCCGGAAAUGCUUGCUGGAGAAUUCCUCUCAUCCUCGAAGCUUUUUUCCCGGCAAUUGUCUGCUUGACCAUCUAUGUAUUGACCCCCGAGUCCCCUCGAUACUACGUCAUGCGAGGCAACCGUCAGAAAGCCAAGGAGGUUGUGGCCAAAUAUCACACUACUAGCGCAGAUAUCAACGAACCAAUUGUUGAAAUUGUUGUUUCUCAAAUCGAGGAAUCUUUGGAAAGUGAUCGUACCGGGUUCAGGGCAUUCUGGGAUUACCGGGUGUUCUUCACAAAGAUGGCUCGGUAUCGUCUACUGGUCUUGGCCUUGUAUUCUAUAUUCCAGCAGUGGAAUGGAGGCUCUAUAAUCACAUACUACAUGGUUGAUGCGCUGGAGACUGUUGGGAUCACAGGCACGAAGCAGCAACUGGGCAUCAAUAUCGGUACCACAGCAACCUACUUUGUUUUCACAGCUGUUGGCGCUCUUCUGGUCGAUAAAUUCCGCAGAAGAACUCUCAUCUUCGCGGGAUUGAUCACUAUGGUCAUCUUUCAGACAGCAACAACCAUUACUUCGUGGCAAUACAGUCUUCAUGCGACCCAUGCCGCCGCUGGACUCACGCUUUUAUGGAUAUUUUCCUACCAGACUGCGAGCGCUUUAUUGAUCGCUACUAUGCAUAAUCUCUACCCCGUCGAGAUUCUGUCUUUACCGUUGCGUGCGAAGGGAAUGGGUCUAUACAGUUUGAUCCAAGGCGGUGCCAGUGCAGUCCAAACCUAUGGCAUCAGUGUCGGCAUCGCCAAGAUUGGAUAUAAGAUUUGGGUUGUUUACAUCGUUUACAACACUGUCCAGCUCAUCUUGUCAUAUUUCAUCUUCCCUGAGACAAGUGGUCUGAGUUUGGAGGAGAUUGAUACUGUGUUUGAAACGCCUGGCGUUCCGCCUGUCAAGAUGUCGCUGGAUAUCCAAAAAGCCAAAAAGGAGAGACUUGCAGCAGCGAGAGAUGAGGAAGCUAGGUCUAGGUAA